AUGACAGUCGAAGAUGAAGGGAUAGAAGCACAUUUUGAAGAGCAAAAUGGUCCAGGAAAGAACAAGAAGAAGAAAAUGAAAAUUGCAGCAAAUAUGAAAACGAAAGAAGCAGAAAAUAUAAUUAAGGAGACUACUGGAGCGUCAAAGAAGAAGAAGAAGAAGCAGAAGCAAAAAGAGGACUUGAAUGUAAGUCUGAAAUAG